GGAUAGAGUAAGGAGGAGGAGAAGGGAAGAACUGAGGAGGACGGAUGGCUAAUCAGCUGCCGUUUAACGGAAUGCAGCAGCCGACCUACGGGGCGGUGGUUCCUCCCACCAAUCAAGCUGGGGGAGUGUCAUGCUACCUAUGCGGAAAAGUCGGCCAUUUUGCUCGUAACUGCUGGAGCGCAGGGAAUGGGAGACCUCCUCCGGUCCAGGCUCCAGUACAGAUCGAUGAAGAAACCGCCGAGAUGAAGGAGUACUUUCGGAAGAAGAUACGGAAACAAAAGUUGGAAGAAGAGAGAAGGGAGAAGGAAGUGGUGGACAGAAUGAGGAGAGAAGAGGAGGCGAGGAAAGAAGCAGAUAGACUGAGAGAAGCGGAUGAAAGGGAGGCUCGUUUGGAGGCAAGAUUGUUGAGACUUCUCGCGCAGCAUACGAAGGCAUCAAGCAGUUAUCACGUGCCAGUCAAGAAAUCUCCUACAACAAAAGCGCGGAUGCUGAAAGAGAUCACGAGUUAUUUAGAAAAAUCUGAAGACGAAAGUGAGGAGGUCAAGCACGAAGACGGGAGACUGAUCGAUGCGAUAGAGAGGAGGAAGGGAAAGAAGAGGAAGGAGAACCAGAACAUGAGGGUAUCGAGGGCACCGAAGAUUGGCACUCGACCAGCACUGAUAGUGGUUGAAGAAGUACCUGAUGAACUGCGUACGCCACCGAGUUGUCGGGGUGCCGGGGAGAUUCUGGAUUUUGCCUUGGAUUUGCAUCGGAAAUUAUCAGCGAAGAAGGUUCCAGAACUUAGGGACUUAUGCAACUCUGAAGGGAUUGAGUGGACAAAAAGGGAGACGGCCAUUGGUGAGUUGGUAAAGUGCCGGAUGAAGCUUGCAUACGAGAAUGAGGCAACUCGUCUCUCGCGUCUGGCCGAAAGGGGAGAGAAAAGGGUGGAGGGGAAAGAGGAUGACGGGAAGGGUAAAGAGAAAGCGGAAUCAUCGAAGUCCGGAGAGAAAAGCAAUAAGACGCUGGAUGACAAGGAUGUACUCGUGGAUGAUAAGGUAGAAGAGAAGGAUUCGAAAGAGGUGGGAGAGAAAGUCGAGCAGACAAAGUCGAACCAAGAAGUAGUAGAGGAGAAGGAGAAAGGGAAAGGGAUGGAAGAGGUGGAUGGUCAGGCUCAGGGCCUUAUGGAACUAGUGAAGAAUCUAGAUCCGGAGGCUCUGGGGUUCAAUUUUGUAGCUACAGACCCUCUCCCACAGGAUCAACCUUCCCCUCCGGAGCAGGAAGUGAUUCCUGAAAAUUCUGAGGGUAAAGCAGUGAAUACAGAGGGCGACCCCUCCCAGGAAAAUGGCGAUCCCCUGGAUGGAGAAAAAAUCGACCUGCUGUUUAAGGCGAUUGAUGCGUCCAGAAAGGGGGACUCCAAGACUGGAAAAAGGAAGAAGAAGAGCGCUCCGAAAGGACAGGAGGGGCAGAACAAUGGAAAACGGGGAUUUGGUUCAUCUCUUUCCAAGCCGGGUCCGGCCAAAAAAAGCAGACUGGAGGAUGGCUCCAGCCUUUACCGAAGGUAUUUUGAUGCAGAUCAGGCAACGGAGGAAGAGGAAACGGUUCCACAGACCGCUGUUGGUAAGAGAUCAUUGAGAAACAGAGCUUCCAAUGUGGAUUUCAGUUUUCAGCGCCGAUGCAGACGCUGGAUCGUAAGGACAAGGCGCGCAAGAUGGUGAAACAGUACUUAAUCCCUCUGAUCUGUACUACCACCCAGUUGGGACUGUGCGUUUUGACUACACAAGCAAGUGACGAAGUGUUGGAGCUCCCAGUAAUACCAGUGCUAACCCAACCUACGGAGGAGCAGGCAGUUAGUUUAUCCCAGUCUCGCAUCCUGAAAGGGAUGGGAACGGUAUCUCUCCUACGGGAGCCCCGGAUGGGCAGGCACCUGGUUAUAACACAAGAAGAAGGGAAAAAGAUCCUACACUUUGCAUUUCUGAGUUAAAUUUCGUUGGAAGGCACCAGAGAACAGUGGUAUCAGAUACAGCCACAUUGGGUCUCGAUAGCCCCCUUCUUUUCUGCAGAUAUGGAGGUACUUAAAAAAAUCAGAAUGGGCGGUAACCUCAAUGCCCAGCAAGUUGCAGAAUGGUUGAACCGGACGGACGCUGAACAACAAAUACCCUCGAGUGGC